CUCCUCUUAUAUCCACAUUCUUCUCCCUCUACUGUAGCUACGAUGUCCGUUGCUGGCUUGAGCACUCCCCCGCGCGUCGCGUCGCCCACUUCAACACCAAGCAAGAAGGUUGCCGCGGCUGUUCAUGCUAUGUCACUUGACACGCCUACCAAGGCUGGCAAGAAGGCGCCGGUAGAGGUCAUUGACGAUGCUCGUCGUUCACACUCUCCUCACUGUGACUCAGAAGACGAGGGCGUCGAGCUUUCUGAUUUGCGCAAGCGAUGGAUUGGCCAGGUUGAUCUCCCAGAACACAUGGAACCUCUGUUGAUGGAAACUAAGCGCCGCUUCGUCCUCUUCCCUAUUCAAUACCAUGAGAUCUGGCAAAUGUACAAGAAGGCCGAGGCGUCAUUCUGGACGGUGGAGGAGAUUGACCUCUCGAAGGACCAGCACGACUGGAACAAUCGCAUGACCGAUAACGAACGCCACUUCAUCUCGCACGUUCUUGCGUUCUUUGCUGCCUCAGAUGGUAUUGUCAACGAGAAUCUUGUCGAGCGGUUUUCGAACGAGGUGCAGGCCGCUGAAGCACGCUGCUUCUAUGGCUUCCAGAUCAUGAUGGAGAACAUCCACUCCGAGACAUACUCCCUGCUCAUCGACUCAUACAUCAAGGACCCUCAGCAGCGCGAGCAUCUCUUCGACGCCGUCGAGACCAUCCCUUGCAUCAAGAAGAAGGCGGAUUGGGCGUUGCGCUGGAUCUCUGACAAGCGGUCGUCGUUUGCGGAGCGCCUGGUCGCUUUCGCAGCAGUGGAGGGUAUCUUCUUCUCUGGCUCAUUUGCGUCCAUCUUCUGGCUCAAAAAGCGCGGUCUCAUGCCUGGGCUCACGUUUUCGAACGAGCUCAUCAGCCGUGACGAGGGCAUGCACACCGACUUCGCCUGCCUCCUCUUCAGCCACCUCAAGAGGCGCCCGCACCCUGACAUUAUCAAGAAGAUUAUCAUAGAGGCCGUUAAUAUUGAGCAAGAGUUUCUGACUGAUGCAAUUCCUUGCGCGCUCAUUGGCAUGAACGCGAAGCUCAUGUGCCAGUACAUCGAGUUCGUCGCCGACCGCCUGCUCGUCGCUCUCGGUGAUCCCAAGGUGUACGGCGCGACAAACCCCUUCGACUUCAUGGACAUGAUCUCGCUUCAGGGCAAGACUAACUUCUUCGAGAAGCGGGUGUCCGACUACGCGAAGGCGAAUGUGAACACGUCGGCGAAGAGCUCGACGUCCGAGAAUUCCGGAAAGACUUUCUCGCUCGAUGAGGAUUUCUGAUCGGUUCAUCUUUAUCGUCCACCGUCCCUUAUGCACGUAUCUGCUACCCUAUCAUGCCUGCUUAGGACUGUAUCACCUUCACCGUGUCAUCUCUUAGAUCUGUUAUCAUUAUGCACACCCUCACAAUGUAAUUAUAUUUGUAAUACAUACUAUUUGUGUUCAAUAUCGUACAAGGAUUGGCAUACUGUUCGGGGAUACUUUCUUUGAGUAGGAUGAGUACGAUGACAAAUAUAGUUUGUCCUUUUAUAAAGUCAUGGAGCUUUGCCGUUGGCAUUGUAGCGGCAGCCUCGG